AAGCCACUCCUGCCUCCUCACGUGAAACGACUCAAGUAAUCCAACCGGUUUGCAGCAGAUCACCGGCGGGUCGCCUAAAGCGCAUCGCAGCGUGUUACUUCAGUUUUUUGUCCGAGUCAGAACAGAAGGAAGACACAUUUGGAUCCAUUUGUUGUUCGUCCUAUUUCUCGGACAGUGCUGAGUUUGUUAGCUAGUAGUGACCAAGAUGAACGGCGAGCUCAACGGUUUCCAUAACAACUUGCACGUCGACGACGACUGCUUCCUCUUCACCUCCGAAUCUGUUGGAGAAGGCCACCCCGAUAAGAUAUGUGACCAAAUUAGCGAUGCUGUUUUGGAUGCACACCUCUCCCAAGACCCUGAUGCCAAAGUAGCGUGUGAGACAGUCGCUAAGACGGGGAUGAUCCUGCUAGCUGGGGAGAUCACCUCUAGGGCUGUGGUAGACUACCAGAAGAUUGUACGAGAGACAAUCAAGCACAUCGGCUAUGAUGACUCUUCCAAAGGCUUCGACUACAAGACCUGCAAUGUGCUGGUGGCUUUGGAGCAGCAGUCCUCCGACAUCGCUCAAGGCGUUCACCUGGACCGUAAAGAGGAGGACGUGGGCGCCGGCGACCAGGGUCUGAUGUUCGGGUAUGCCACUGAUGAAACUGAGGAAUGUAUGCCUCUUACCAUCGUCCUGGCCCACAAGCUAAAUGCCAAAAUGGCCGAAUUACGCCGGGACGGAACGCUGCCGUGGCUCCGACCGGAUUCCAAAACUCAGGUCACAGUGCAGUACAGAACAGACCGCGGCGCCGUGGUGCCAUUGCGAGUCCACACCAUCGUGAUCUCCGUACAGCACGACGAGUUUGUCAGUCUUGAGGAAAUGCGACGCAGUCUGAAAGAACAUGUGGUCAAAGUGGUUGUCCCUCCCGGCUACCUGGAUGAGAAGACAAUCUAUCACCUUCAGCCUAGCGGUCGCUUUGUCAUCGGGGGGCCGCAGGGUGACGCCGGUUUGACCGGGCGCAAGAUCAUCGUGGACACUUACGGCGGCUGGGGGGCCCACGGAGGCGGAGCUUUUUCCGGAAAGGACUAUACCAAGGUGGACCGCUCUGCCGCGUAUGCCGCUCGCUGGGUGGCCAAGUCCCUGGUGAAAGCGGGACUGUGCAGGCGCGUUUUGGUCCAGGUGUCUUACGCCAUCGGAGUAGCGCAACCGCUCUCCGUCUCCAUCUUCCACUACGGCACGUCCCAGAAGAACGAGCGUGAGCUGUUGGACAUUGUGAGGAAGAAUUUCGACCUGCGUCCAGGAGUCAUCGUCAGAGAGUUGGACUUGAAGAAGCCCAUCUACCAGCGCACUGCGGCUUACGGUCACUUCGGUCGCGUUCUCUUUCCGUGGGAGGUUCCCAAGGAGCUCAAAUAUUAGCCUAGCGUGACCGUCUGUUUUCUUCCUGCUAUCCUUAAUCCCUGCAAGAAAGUCCUUAUUUCUUUUUCGUGCCCUCCUGCAACAUGUCUUUUAGUUUUCAGCCAUUUUGUCUGCCUGCUCGACCCUAUUUGAGAAGCACAUAUGCAUUGAGAUUACACUUUGCUCAAGCCAAUCAAGCGCACAACCGUCAUCGGCUCGGUUGUCCCUUCACGCCAUUUUCUUUCUGACGUUUUACAGAGAAGUCAGAAGCUGCUAAUUUUGGCUGUGUUGGGCUUCACGUGAACACUCCAUUUUUGUUAUAGUUAAAUCACUGUAAAAUGUCAGGGUAUCGUUGUUAAACGAGGUUAAGUAUGAGUAGCCCAGCCUGUUAAUGGCAGUGGGGCCUGCCUUUGCCAUGUGGCACUGCCCCCUAUACUUGAUGUGUAAAAUGUUUUUUUUUUUCACUGUAAUGGGACUGAAAUCAACAGCGAGCUAAAAUGUCCGUCGAUUUCCUACUUUUCACGUUGUGUUAUAGGGCACCUUCGUGUUAAUUUGAAGAUUGAACUCAAAUUUUCUGUUACUUUUCUUUCUUGAAUGUGACGUGCACAACUUUGUUCAACCACACAUUCCAUGUCAAUGCAGUAUUACGGAGCCCAGACAUGACUUUAAUGAAAAAAAGAUGAAGUUGUGCACACCCUCAAAUUGUUCAUGCACAUGAGCUACUAGUUUGUGUGAACGAACUAGAACCUGGUGUGAACGAGUUUUUACUUUGUGUGAAAGAGCUAGUACUUGUGUGAACGAGCUACUGCUUUGUGCGGACGGGCUACUAGUUUGUGCGGCCGAGCUACUACUCCGUGCCCACAAACCAGCAUUUGGUGUGAACGAGCUUGUACUUUGUGGGCACAAAUAAUUAACUCAUGCGAAGUACUAGCUAGUUCACGUGAAGUACUAGCUGGUGCGUGCGAAGUAUUACACUCGUGCGCGUGAAAUACUACCCGUGUAGUAGCUCGUGCGCGCGAAGUAGUAGCUCAUGCGCGCGCAGUAUAACGUGUCUACUAGCUCGUGCGCGCGAAGUAUAACGUGUCUACUGGCUCGUGCGCGUGAAGUACUAGCUUGUGCAUGCGAAGUACUACGCUUUUACUAGCUCGUGCGCUCGAAGUAUAACGUGUCUACUAGCUCGUGCGGGCGAAGUACGUGUCUACUAGUUCGUGUGCGCGAAGUAUAACGUGUCUACUACCACGUGCGUGCGAAGUACUAGCUUGUGCGCGCGAAGUACUACGAGUCUACUAGCUCGUGGAAGCGAAGUACUACGAGUCUACUAGCUCGUGGAAGCGAAGUACUACGUGUCUACUAGUUUGUGCGCACGAAGUACUAUGUGUCUACUAGCUGGUGCGCGCGAAGUACUAGCUGGUGCGCGCGAAGCACUAGCUGGUGCGCGCGAAGUACUACGUUUCUACUAGCUCGUGCGCGCGAAGUACUACGUUUCUACUAGCUCGUGCGCGCGAAGUACUACGUUUCUACUAGCUCGUGCGUGCAAAAUUCUACGUUUCUACUAGCUCGUGCACGCGAAGUACUGCGUGUCUAGUAGCUCGUGCGCGCGAAGUACUAGCUUGUGCGUGCGAAGUACUACGUGUCUACUAGUUUGUGCGCGCGAAGUAAAACGUGUCUACCAGCUCGUGCGCGCAAAUUACUAGCUCGUGCGUGCGAAUUCUACGUUUCUACUAGCUCGUGCACGCGAAGUACUACUUGUCUACUAGUUUGUCCGCGCGAAGCACUAGCUUGUGCGCGCGAAGUACUAUGUGUCUGCUAGCUCGUACGCGCGAAGUACUAGCUCCUGCGCACGAAGUACUACGUGUCUACUAGUUUGUGCGCGCGAAGUAAAACGUGUCUACUAGCUCUCGCGCGCACGAAGUAAAACGUGUCUACUAGCUCUCGCGCGCGCGAAGUAAAACGUGUCUACUAGCUCGUGCGCGCGAAGUACUACGUUUCUACUAGCUCGUGCUAGCGAAGUACUACGUUUCUACUAGCUCGUGCGCGCGAAGUACUACGUUUCUACUAGCUCGUGCGCGCGAAGUACUAAGUUUCUACUAGCUCGUGCGCGCGAAGUACUACGCGUCUACUAGCUCGUGCACGCGAAGUACCACGCGUCCGCUAGCUCGUACACGCGCGCUUACCCCCCAGUUCAUGUCAUGUCUGGGGCGCGCCGUACAGUAUACACAACAGCGAACCGUCUCAAAAACUGACAAACCCAGGCUUUAACAGGCAGUGUGAAAAGGGUUUUGGCUUGACAUUAGGUUAUUUGUUGUCUCUGACACCACUGUGUGGUUCCAGGAGUGUAUUACAGAGAAACUUGAUGAGAAUCACCGGUAGUGGUGCCAAGGGUGUGUGUGCUUUAUUAUUAUUUUUUUAUUAUCAGGUAUAAGAAUGACUGUUAUGUUUACAUCCCAAAACAUGGGAGAGACCUUAAUUGACUGGUGUUGUACAGAGAAACCAGUCUGUUUACAUGGGAUCUCCCAGAUGUUGUUCCUUCAUUAGUUAUUUUGUAAAGGAAAAUUUUAUCCGUGGGCUUGUGCAAGUGCCUUUUCUCAAUUUCUGCAUUACUGAACACCCCAACCCUUUUAUUAUUCACUGUUACAUCCUCUGUAGUCAGAUCUGCUGUUAAGCUUCUCCUUUAAAACAAUAAACGGCAUGCGUUACUCAUGCAU